AUGCAUUGGUUGCGGAAACUCCAGGGGAUUUGCAUCCUAUGGAGGACUCGGAUGUCCUGUCACAGUAUCUACAUUCAUAGCAAGCAACUGACGUCUCUGCCGUGGGGCCACCAGGAAGUCCAGGCCAAGUUUAACUUUGCUAGUGAUGUGAUAGAUUACUGGGCUGGCAUGGAGAAGGCUGGCAAGAGGCCCCCAGACCCAGCCCUCUGGUGGGUGAGCGGCGAUGGGGAUGAAGUGAGGUGGAACUUCAGUCAACUGAGCGAGCUCAGCCGGCAGGCAGCCAAUGUCCUCUCGGGAGCGUGUGGCCUGCAGCGUGGGGACCGUGUGGCCCUGGUGCUGCCCCGAGUGCCUGAGUGGUGGCUGGUGGCUCUCAGCUGCAUGCGAGCAGGCCUCGUCUUCAUGCCCGGGACUGUCCAGAUGAAAGCCAAAGACAUUCUCUAUAGGCUGCAGGUGUCCAAGGCCAGGGCCAUCGUGGCUGGGGAAGAGGUGGCCCAGGCAGUGGACUCCGUGGCACCUGACUGCCCUUCUCUGAAAACGAAGCUACUGGUGUCUGAAAAAAGUCGGGAUGGGUGGCUGGACUUCAAGACACUACUACAAGGAGCGUCUACCACUCACCGCUGUGUGGAGACAGGAAGCCAAGAGGCAGCUGCCACCCACUUCACCAGUGGGAGCACCGGCCCUCCCAAGGGGNUCUACUUCACCAGUGGGAGCACCGGCCUUCCCAAGAUGGCAGAGCACUCCCACGCGAGCCUGGGCCUCAAGACCAAGAUGGACACUGGCCAGUGGAUGGACCUGCGAGCCUCAGACAUAGUAUGGACCAUAUCAGACACAGCUUGGAUAAUAAACAUCAUGGGCUCAUUUCUGGAACCCUGGACGUCAGGAGCAUGCAUAUUUAUCCAUCUCUUGCCGAAGUUUGACCCGCUGGUCAUUCUAAAGGUUCUGUCCAGCUACCCAAUCAACAACAUGGUAGGAGCACCCACUGUGUACCAAAUGCUGCUACAAGAGGGCCUUUCCAGUUACAAGUUCCCACAUCUACAGAACUGCUUCAGUGGAGGGGAGACCCUGCUCCCAGCCACUCUGGAGAACUGGAAGUCCCAGACAGGACUGGACAUCUGGGAGUUCUAUGGCCAGACAGAAACGGGACUCACCUGCAGAGUUUCCAAGACGAUGAAAGUGAAACCUGGCUGCCUGGGGACUGCGGUUCCCAGUUACGAUGUGCAGGUCGUAGACGACAAGGGCCAUGUCCUGCCCCCUGGUGCAGAAGGAGACUUGGGCAUCAGGAUCAAACCCAUGAGGCCCAUAGGCAUCUUCUCUGGCUACGUGGACAAUCUUGAGAAGACAGCAGCCAACAUUCGAGGGGAUUUUUGGCUCAUGGGAGAUCGGGCCAUCAAAGAUGAAGAUGGAUAUUUCCAGUUCAUGGGCCGGACAGAUGAUAUCAUUAACUCCAGUGGGUAUCGGAUUGGGCCUAUAGAGGUGGAGAGUGCACUGAUGGAGCACCCUGCUGUGGUGGAGACGGCUGUUAUCAGCAGCCCCGACCCCAUCCGAGGAGAGGUGGUGAAGGCUUUCGUGGUCCUGGCGCCGCAGUUUCUGUCCCAUGACCGGGAGCAGCUCACUAAGGAGCUGCAGCAGCACGUGAAGUCAGUGACAGCCCCGUACAAGUUCCCGAGGAAGAUGGAGUUUGUCUUGGACCUGCCCAAAACCGUCUCAGGGAAAAUCCAGCGAUCGAAGCUUCGAGAUAUGGAGUGGAAGAGGUCGGGGCCUGGCGGGGCCCAGUGA